AUGGGGAAGGACCAGGAACUGCUGCAGGCGGUGAAGACCGAGGACCUGCUCACCGUGCAGAAGCUGCUGCAAAGGCCCCGGCCAGGGAAAGCAAAGCUCCUCGGUUCUGCAAAGAAAGUGAAUGUCAACUUCCAGGAUACAGAUGGGUUUUCUCCACUGCAUCAUGCGGCUCUCAAUGGCAACCUGGAGCUCAUCUCUCUGCUGCUGGAGUCACAGGCUGCUGUUGACAUCAGAGACCAGAAAGGUAUGCGGCCGCUGCACUACGCAGCCUGGCAGGGGAAGGCGGAGCCUAUGAAGAUGCUUCUGAAAUCUGGUUCAUCUGUCAACAGCCAAUCAGAUGAAGGACAGAUUCCUCUCCACCUGUCAGCGCAGCAUGGCCACUACGACGUGUCUGAGAUGUUGCUGCAGCACCAGUCCAACCCGUGUAUUGUGGAUAACGGAGGGAAAACACCUCUGGACCUGGCCUGUGAGUUCGGCAGAGUUGGGGUGGUCCAGUUGUUACUCUCCAGUAACAUGUGUGCUGCUUUGCUGGAGCCCAAAAAAGGAGACACCACCGACCCCAAUGGGACGUCUCCUCUUCACCUGGCCGCCAAGAACGGACACAUAGACAUCAUCAGACUGUUGAUCCAGGCUGGUAUCGACAUCAACAGACAGACCAAAGCGGGCACUGCCCUGCACGAAGCUGCUCUCUGCGGCAAGACCGAGGCAGUGAGACUCCUGCUGGACAGUGGUAUCAAUGCCACAGUGAGGAACACUUACAGCCAGACUGCACUGGAUAUCGUCUACCAGUUCACUGCAACACAAGCCAGUAGAGAGAUCAAGCAACUGCUGAGGGAUGCGUCAGCAGCUCUUCAGGUUCGGGCUCUGAAAGAUUACUGCAACAACUACGACCUGACCAGCCUCAACAUCAAAGCAGGAGAUGUUAUUACGGUUUUGGAGCAGCACCCGGAUGGACGCUGGAAAGGCUGUAUCCAUGACAACCGAACAGGAAAUGAUCGGGUGGGCUACUUCCCGUCCACCAUGGUGGAAGUCAUCAGCAAGCGCACAGUCAUUUGCACUCAACAGUUUCAAAAGAUACCGCUGGUUCCCCCGGCGACGGUUGCCCCUGCCAACGCGGUAGUCAACGGCAACGACACCACGUUCCAUCAGAUCCAUAUCCUGCCUCCACCGCCUCCUCCUCCACCACAUUCCCAUCAGCCACUGCUUCCACUUUUCACUUCCUUUGGCUAUAACAGGUCGCCCGUGACAACUCCACAGGGAGACACACCCACUGCCCCAGGUUGUCGCGGCUCAGAGGCAAGUCCUCACAGCUCUCCCACCCCGUCCAGCGGGCCCCAUGGAGGCUCCAACGAAGAGAUCUGGGUACUGCGCAAGCCCGUGGCAGGUGGAGACCGAAGCAGUGUGGGUAGUUCUGGCAGCGUCACCAGUGUGCGAUCGUCAGGCAGCGGUCAGAGUGCCGGCAGUGCACCUCACAUCCUCCAUGCACAGGCUGAGGGGGUUAAGCUUCUAGCCACAGUCUUGUCCCAGUCUGCCAAAGCUAAGGAGCAUCUAAUGGAGCAGUCCAAGUCUGUGGACCAACCUCCAGCAGGCUCUGCCAGCUCCUCUCGCACGUCGAGCCAAUCGGGCUGUCCACUCCAUGAAGCGCCGCCUUAUGACGCCACUGCAACCAGGAAGGGGGAGGGGCCAGGCGAGGGGAAGAGCUCAGAGGCCGUUGUCCAAUGGCUGAGCGACUUUCAGCUGCAGGUCUACGCUCCAAACUUCCUGAGUGCAGGGUAUGACUUGCCCACCAUUAGCCGAAUGACCCCGGAGGAUCUGACAGCUAUUGGAAUAACUAAACCAGGUCACAGAAAGAAAAUGACAUCGGAGAUUAACAAGCUAAGUGUCACAGAGUGGCUGCCCGAUCAGAAACCUGCCAAUCUGGGAGAGUGGCUGUCUGCCAUUGGUCUGAACCAGUACCACCAGGUGUUGGUGCAGAACGGCUACGAGAACAUCGACUUCAUCACUGACAUCACUUGGGAGGACCUGCAGGAAAUAGGCAUCACCAAACUGGGCCACCAGAAGAAGCUGAUGCUGGCGGUGAAGCGACUGGCUGAACUGCAGCGUGGAUCAGAUGGGCGGGGCUCCCUCCGAAAGAAGCCUCCACCAAUCACACAGCAGCAGGAAAUCAUGUCGGUGGACAGCCCGCCUCCAGACGAGGUCAUGUCUCCAAAGAUGAGCACCUUCCAGGACAGCGAGUUGAGCACCGAGCUGCAGAGUGCCAUGACCCAACCAGGCCAGGAGGUCAAAGCUCAACGAACACGCAGCCUCAGCAAGGACCACGAUGAGGUGAUGACAGGAGGCGGGGGAGGAGGCACCGGGCCGCCUAAGAAGGAGGCGCGGACUAUGAGGCAGCAGAGCAGCCAGGGCAGCACGUCCUCCCACAGAGGCAGUGUCUCCUCUCAAGGCAAACACCGUCACUCCCACUCCCACUCCCACUCCCAGCCUGCUCCCUGGUACACGCCCCCUCACACUCCCACCAAGACUAGAACCUCAUCUUCCUCCUCCACUUCCUCCGUCCAGAGCGCAGCUUCCCCGCAGGCCAAACCCAAGCCGGCCCCCCAGUUUAUCCAGGGGGAGAGACCCCAGUCCCCGCGCUCACACACCCCUCAGUCUCCGACCCACCCACACCCUCAGCACCACCCACAGACACAGGUGAUGGAGGUCAGGGAGAGCCAACAACCACAGGUCCCCCUCCUCUGCCUCCCACCAGAGGCUGAGCUGGCUGAGGGAGAAGGAGCAGAGCCCUCGGCGCUGCAGAAGAAACGCGCCCACAGCCUCAACCGAUACGCCGUGUCAGAUGGCGAGUGUGAUGAGAGGAACUCAGUUGUCGUCAGAGGGGACGGGGGUAAAUAUGCCACAGUGACCCACCGCGUCAGCCGCAGCCACUCGGUGCGCAACCAGGACAAGAACGCCAACCGCAACCAGACGCAGUCCUUUGCUCUGCGUCAGAAGAAAAAAGGGCCGCCCCCGCCACCGCCCAAACGCUCCAGCUCCGCCAUCUCCAGCUCCAACUCCAACCUGACAGAUGCCAACGCACAGCAGCACACACUCACUACCACGGGGGGGAUGCUGGACGUGCCUUACCACCAACAGCGGCGGGCCAGCGACCUCGGGGUGUCCGUGGAAGCAGGUGCUGUGGAGACGAGCAGCAUGGGCAGCGUGAGGAGCAUCGCUGCCAUGUUGGAAAUGUCUUCUAUAGGGGGUGGAGCCAAAGGAAUGGCGCUGCAGAAGAAUUUCCUGCAGGUGGGGAAAACACGUGAUGCCAUUGGUCUGGACGGCGAAGUGGUGAACCGACGGAGGACCAUCAGUGGCCCCGUCACCGAGCUGGUGGCAGCUGCCAGGCGCAACCAGCCAACUCCCUCCGCUCUCCCCUCGGGAGGCAGCGGCAGCUCAUCGGAGAACCUGCCGUUUGCGGAGGAGGGAAGUCUGACGAUCCGCCGGCAGGGUCGAGGAGAAGGAGAAGGACAGGUAGCUAUCUAUAUAUAUGUUUGUUUCACCCAGGAUGACAUCUCUGGCGCCGAGGCCACUGCGACCUUGAAGCGACGGCCCCGCAGCUCCAAGCCGCACCCCAACGGCUCCGACUUCACCCUCCAGGAGUCGUCCACCGUCAAGCGACGGCCCAAGAGCCGCGACAAGGAGCCCGAGGGCUACGCAGACCUGGCCGCCGCUAACGGAGAGCCCCCGGUACCCUACCAGAACGGCACCGCUACCGUGAGACGCCGCCCGGUGUCUGAUGCUGGAGUGACGGAGCAGCCGCAACCUCAACCUCAACCUCAGCCCCAACAUCAACCUCAACCUCAACCACAAGUGACCGCCGCUCCUCGCAGGGACAGUGUGGAUCAAGGAGCUCCAGUAGUCAACGAAGGAGCUCCGCAGAGGAAACCAAAGCCGCCGGUCUCCCCCAAGCCUGUGGUGGGGCAGAUAAAGAGACAAGGAGGCCCACAGACCCCCCCACAGCCUGCUUCCAACAAGAGAGUCCCCCUGCCAGGCCCUGGCACGCCUGGAAGUCCAGUGGAAGGAAAGAAGAUCCCUCCACCGGUCUCGCCCAAACCAGUGCCACCGCCCACGGCGCCCAAACCGGCUAAACUCAUCCACUCCAUGACCAGUCCCCCCUCCCCUACCCCGGCUUCUGCCCCAGUCAAACAGCACUCUGCAGUGGCUCGACAGACCAGCUCACCCCCCUCUUUCCCCCCUUCCAACACUCCCAGUCCGCCAAAUGCCAAGCCGCCGAGCCCGUCUUCUCAGAGCCCCCACACCCCGCAGACCCCCACCACACCACAGACGCCACAGACUCCGGCUACUCCCAGCCCGACACCGCCGCCCGUCAAGCCCCCUCGAUCCUCCAUCGGGGGAGUGUCGGUGGACAGCGGGAUGGUUGGAGGCGGCGUGUCGGCGCCCGCUGCUACGACAACACCAGACUUCAGUGUGGACUCUCUGGUGCAUCAGAAACUGGAGGAGACGAGCGCAUCACUGGCCGCCGCUCUGCGGGCCGUGGAAGAUAAGAUACUGCGGCAAGAGGACUCUGUGGCUGAGCAGAAGACCACGGUUAGCAUCCUGGACGACAUCGGCAGCAUGUUUGAUGACCUUGCCGACCAACUGGACGCCAUGUUGGAGUAACCACAGAAACCAGUCAGCGUGUCUCCACGGCAACGCUGCAACAGGAGUGACUCAGAUGGCAC